GUCAGACAGGAACAAUAUGGCUGCGGCGGCGGAGUUGGCGUUUGAGCUCGUCGUAGCCUGAAAGCAGGCGAGCGGACAGGAUGAGCCUCUGUUCCCAGUACUUACGACAGGCAGAAGCCCUGAAGGCUGACAUGACCGGAUGGUUGACCCACAGCUGGAAUAUUGCUUCAGAUGACUUCUAGCAAAAGCCAGGCAGAUGUUUGUUGCUCAGCAGUGGAGUUAUUUGGCCAUAUGGAUAUUGAAUAUGCCUGGAGAAAGAAAGGAGACGUAUACAAGCCAAAGACCACUGUGCCGACCAUCAAGUAUGGUGGUGGGAACAUCAUGCUAUGGGGAUAUUUCUCUUCCAAGGGCACAGGGAACCUCGAGGAAAACAGCCAACCUGUCCCAGCUUGAGACUUUCGUCAAGGAGUUUCCGUAUUGUUGUUUUUGAAUUUGUUGAUCACAUAUACCAACUGCACGUCAUAAACAAACUUGACAAAAUGCAUUCAUUUCAUCACAAAAAAACUCCAAGUUGGUAGCAGCCGAGGCGUGGACGUCCCGUCAGGCCCUUCAGGACCUGUACCAGAAGAUGCUGGUCACAGACUUGGAGUACGCCCUAGACAAGAAGGUGGAGCAGGACCUGUGGAACCACGCCUUCAAGAAUCAGAUCACCACCUUGCAGAGCCAGGCCAAAAACCGAGCCAAUCCCAACCGCAGUGAGGUGCAGGCUAACCUGUCUUUGUUCCUCGAGGCAGCCAGUGGAUUCUACACACAGUUGUUACAGGAGCUGUGCACUGUCUUCAACGUGGACCUGCCGUGUCGCGUCAAGACGUCCCAGCUUGGCAUUAUCAGCAACAGACAGAACAACGGCAGCGCAAUUGUCACACCGCAGCCCAGCUCAUGCUCAUACAUCUGCCAGCACUGCUUGGUGCACCUGGGCGAUAUCGCGCGCUACCGCAACCAGACCAGCCAGGCUGAGUCAUACUAUCGACACGCCGCUCAGCUGGUCCCAUCCAACGGUCAGCCUUACAACCAGCUAGCCAUUCUGGCAUCCUCCAAAGGAGACCACCUGACCACCAUCUUCUACUACUGCCGCAGUAUCGCUGUCAAGUUCCCCUUCCCAGCAGCCUCCACCAACCUGCAGAAAGCGCUGUCCAAGGCUCUGGAAAGCCGUGAGGAUGUGAGAAGCAAGUGGAGUGUGUCGGACUUCAUCAAGGCCUUCAUCAAGUUUCACGGCCAUGUGUACCUGGGUAAGAGUGUGGAUCAGCUCGAUGCUCUGAGGGAGCGCUUGGAGGAGAAUUUCCAGAGACUGAUCCUCCAGAAGGCCUUCAGCUCUCAACAGCUGGUCCACAUUACCGUCAUCAACCUCUUUGAGCUGCACCACCUCAGAGAGCUGGCAGCCGACGGCGCAGAGCAGCAAGUCAGCUGGUUCCAGCUGCUCGGCCUCUUCAUGUCCUUCCUGGGGAUCAUGUGCAGGCGGGUUCUGCUCAACAAGAACCGCGAUGAGGAGGUGGCUGGAGAGUGUCCUCUGCCAGCCAUCAAAAUUUCUCUGGACUGGCUCAGGCUGAGACCCGGCAUGUUCCAUGAGGCCGCCGUGGAUGAGAGGCAGCACGUCUGGCCCUGGCUGGUCUCCAUCCUCAACAGCUUCCACCCCAAAAACCACCACGUGUCCAGCUGCUCAGUGACCCCGCUGCCAGAAGAGUUUGAGCUUCAAGGCUUCCUGGCCCUCCGACCUGCUCUCAGGUCUCUGGACUUCACCAAAGGUCACCAGGGCGUCCCGGUGGACCGAGAUGUUCUGCUGCUCCGCACCAGACAUCAGAGGCUCAUCACUUUAGGAAAGUGGGUUGCUGAUAACCAGCCGGGACUGAUACAGUGUCGUGUUGGCGAUGACGAUCUCCUAUUCUUCAUCACUGACAUUCCCGAGCAGGCCAUCGAGGAGCCUGCAGAAAAGGAGCCGUGUGUGCUGCAGGAGGCCUCCAAUGGCGAGCAGGUUAUCGGCGAGGGUGCUAACACUGGCCUCAAGUCCGUGCUCUCAGUGGGAAAGGCUCAGAACUCGUGGUCGGAUGGUGCCGAUAGACCUGUCGUCACCUUCAAGGAAAACAUCAAACCGCGGGAGCAAAACCGCGAGUCAGCUCGCGGCCCUCAUCAGAAAGAUAGUGGUAAGGAGCGCCGUGACUUUGCCAAAGGCAAUGGGACUUCUGGGAAAAGCGAGCUGAAGAGAGAUGGAAAGAGGAAGUGCGAGCUGAAGAAAGUCUGCCAGGAGAAAGUUUCAGAUGCUGGAAAACAGGUGAAAGCUCAGACAGAACUUAGGAAGACUCCGGUCUCUGAGGCCAAGAAGACCCCCGCUACUCAAACUCAAGCCACAUGCUCUUCCCAGUUCAUUCCCAUCCAUCAUCCCGGAGCCUUUCCACCUCUGCCUAGUCGACCUGGCUUCCCUGCAUCUGCCUUUGUCAUCCCUCCCCCGGUGGCGUUCCCGGGCUUGCAAGUGAAUCCAGGCUUCACCUUCUCUACAGGGGUGUCCGUGCCGGGACCUUUCCUGCAGACUGCUGUGCACACACAGGCGGGCUCGCAGGUUCAGAGUGGGAAGCAAUCCCACAUCCCUUACAGCCAGCAGAGGCCCUCAGGUCCGGCUCAGGGGCCGGGCUCCUCAGGCCAGGGCCCCGUGGCCCCAGGCCCCCUCCAGGGCCAGCAGCCCCCUUCCCAGCUGCAGGUGCAGGUGGUGAGCCAGCAGUCUCCCACCAAGCCUGUCCAGCAGGUCGGGAUGGGCAAGAGUCCGCCCCACCACUCGGGCCUGCAGCAGCCGUUCCUGCAGCUCCAGGACCAGCAGAUGUGGAGUCAAAAUCAAGCGGCGCUACAGAAGAUUCCAGCCAUACCAAUGUCAUUGAAGCAGCAGCAGUUCUACUUGGCGCCCCAGGACCCCGUCAAAGUGUAUGAUCACCAGCUGGCACCGCAGACAGCCACCAUGGACAAGAAGAUGAAGUUCCCGCCCUACUGGGACCCUUCCUUCCGAGUGGGCGAUGGGCCGGCCGCCAUGGUCGACAGGAUAAAGAGGCCUCAGAUUGCGUGUCCAGAGCAAGACGUCGGCGGGCCCAGAGGACCUCCGUUUGAGGACAAGAGCUCGCCUCUUCUACCUCCUGACCUCUUAAAAACGCUUGCCGAUUUUGAGGAGGAGGAGGAGCUCGUCUUUUCUAAGCCUCCUGAUUUCUUCCAGGCUUUGGCCGGCCCUCUUAGUACACUUCCUGGACCAAAUAUCUUUCUACCAAACCAGACCAGGAUGGAGAGCGGCCCGGAGGUGGUCAGCCAUUCGUCUUCCCUCCUACCCAUGUCUGGCCUCCCCUUGCAGGAAUACAACCAGAACAGUAUCUUCAGUCAAGCCUACGGGAAGAACCUGGCAGCCGGCUCCAAGUCUGACGCUCCCAUGAUGCACCAGGAGCCGUCACUCUACUCGCUCUUCGAGUGGACACCCUGGUCCCCCUCCCUUCACACAAAUUCAGAUCACUCCACGCCGGCCAGCCAAUCACCUCACUCGUCCAACCCCAGCAGCUUGCCGAGCUCACCGCCCACCCACAACCAUGCAGCCACACAGUUUUCCAACUUCGGGCCCAUCGGUACACCAGACAGCCGAGAGCGGCGCACGGUGGACCGCUGGAAGGCUGAGAAGACGGGUGAGGGCGGGGCCUCGACCUCAAUGUGUUGGAUACUCGGCCUCCACACCCUGACGGACGCUUGUGUAUGUUUGUCAGGGGGUAUGAGUGACUUUGGUCUGGACUACCUGCCAACUUCCUCCGCUUCAGACACAAGCUGGCACCAAGUCCCGUCUGCUGGCAGUUCCUGGACCAAUCAGGAGUCUCCAAUGGAAGAGUCAUCCUCCACGGUGCUGCUGGACAGCUUCAAGUCCAUCUGGUCCAGCUCCAUGAUGCAGCCUGGCCCAUCUGCCCUGGAGCAGCUGCUCCUGCAGCAGAAGCAGAAGCAGCAGCGAGGUCACGGUGCCAUGAACCCACCUCACUGAGGGACCGGCGAGGCAGCGCUCGGCGCUUGGAGACCAACCCCUCAACACGAGUUUGAAGAAGACCAGCUCCAAUUAACACGCUAAUCAUAGCUGUGCAAUGUGGUGGACGCUGGGGAGGCCAUGACUCUCCUCCCACAGCCGAUCUGGCUGAAACUCCACCCCCACGCUCCCUCGACUGUCGAGGAGUGGGACGCGUCUCAUGGAUCGCAGGAUGUCAGAUCACAGCCUGAGAUCCCACCACACAUAUACAUACACACACACACACACACACACACACACACACACUGGUGGCACCGCCCCCACCUUUCUUCAUCCUGGACGUCCCCUCAGUUUGUUGUUUAGCAUCUUUGCUGCCACAGGCUGAAGAAGUGCGAGGGGGAGCGAGGACCCUGUGGUGGUCAGGUGACCAGGGGGCCGGAAUUCCACACUGAACUUGUCAUUGUUUUUUCUUGGUGGGGAGGAGGAUAAACACAUGAGUUUCCAAGAUGGAGGAGACACAGCGGCCUAGAAGGCGGCGGAGCAAGAAGAAAAGCACGUAGUUAGUCAUUUGUUUGUAAACGUUGUAGCUGAUAUAAUCCUGCUCGCUAGCUUAGCCUGCGUUAGCUUUUGUUGCUCUUCCGCCAUUUUAGCUCAUGCUCUGACAGGAAAUUGUCUCGGUUGCCUUUUUAAUGACUUGUCACUUUUUAAGCAAAUGAUAGCAGGACGGAGCAAAUGGCCUCCAGUCAGACCAGUCACAUAACCAGGAGAACAUCUUUAUUCUGAAAGGAUUUGACCAAGGAAAUGAAAGCAUCCACCAGAAGGCAGUGAGUGACCCCGCCUUCAUUGUGCAGCUUUUUCAUGCAUGAUGAUGUCCACGGUUAGCUUGCUAAUGCUUUCCUGCUGCGCUUGCAGUGCAUAGGGAGGAAUGUGAGGAAGACGAGCGUCUUGUUCUGUUUUGUGUCGUUGCUGCAAAUAAACAUGAG